AUGGUGACUUACAUGGGUUUAUUAAAGCGAAAAAGGGCCUUCGGCAAGUUUUCAAGGAAGUUAAAGGAAGCAACCGAGAAUAGCGAUUUCUACUAUUAUCCAAAAUGUGGCCCCCUAAAGAUUACACGCUUGGCAUUUGCGGAAGACUUGAUGCUUUAUGCUAGAGCAGAUGGACUAAAGAUGAGUACAGCCAAAUCUAACCUAUAUACAAUUGAAAUUCAUGGGGCAACAGUCAGAGAACAUCUAAAAGUUAGCAAAUAUACCGAGGGUUCAAUACCAUUCCGUUACUUGGGCAUUCCACUUGCAGCCAUAAAACUCAAAGUCAGCUCUUAUGCUCCAUUUAUGGACAAAAUUUCAGUAUCUGUUUGUUCAUGGACAAGCUCAUCGGUGUCUUAUGCUGGGAGAGCGAAACAUAAUUUUGUCUUGCUUACAAAAUCACUUUGGAACAUCCAUAAGAAGAAGGAUUCACUGGAUCAAUCAUGUUUACUUGAAAGGGACAACAAUCUGGGACUUUCCAUCAAGAAAAGACAGGGAACAAGAAGGCUUGAGCUGGGGAUGUUUGGAAUUAUUGCAUUAUUCCUAAACAUUCAUUCAUCUUGCGGAUAA